AUGCAUAUCCACGAAGGACCACGGUCCUCUCUUGAUCUCACUCAUGUUCUAUACGAUGAUUCAUCGUACUUUUCGCUCGCUCUUGCACUCGUAACGCUGAGUCCGAUCCUCCUCAUGGCCUCGUAUGCAGCAUUAGCUGUCCAGACGCGCGAGUUUCUUAUAAUUGUGAUGUGGGCAGGACAAUUCGCUGAAGAGCUGCUUAACUGGAUCAUCAAACGCGCUAUCAAGGAGGAGAGACCAAUACAAAGCAUUGGCAAUGGAUACGGCUUCCCUUCAUCCCACAGCCAAUACAUGGGUUAUUUCGCGUCAUUCUUGAUGUGCCAUCUAUAUUUUCGACACCGUUUCUCGUCGACUGGGUACCAGGCUGUCGAUGUUCUCUGGCGUAUGACGGUAUAUGCCGCCUUGCUGGCGUGGUGUGGGCUUGUUGCAUAUUCGCGAUAUUACCUGGGCUACCACAACGCGUACCAGAUAUACUGGGGACUUGGAAUUGGGGUGGCUACUGGAGCUCCAUUGUAUCUCGUUGCCCAGGCUAUUCCGACGUGGUUUCCCAAUUCACCACUAGGAUGGCUGAAGACAAUGUUCUUAAACCACCCAAUCAUCGUCUGGCUGCAGAUACGUGAUGGGUGGGCUGUAUGGUCGGACGGAGGUCGGGAAGGAGAAUGGAAGAGGUGGAGGGAGGAAUGGGAAAAACAAGAACAGCAGCUAAGCCUGAAAAAGACGCGAUAG